AUGGUUUUGAAGCCAGAUGGUGACUCCAGCAGUCGCCAACAGAGGUCGCAUGAAGAAUCUCAAGACCCAAUUCCUCAUUCCCUCAUCACAGUUAAGGACAGUAAGACUUCAAACAAAACUGAACACAAGGCCAGCUUUUGCGGUUUGAAAGAUGCCGCCCUCCUGCGGUUCAUGGAAUCCCGCAACCCCGACGGCGGCAGCGACGCCAUGAGCCGCGUCGUGGACGUCGUCCUGGCCUUCGUGAAUGCAGUCCAGGCCCUGUUCGAUGCCGACCACAUCCGUCCAUCCCUGGGCAUCACUGUUGUCCAGCUCGACGUGUUGUCCGACGAUGCGGCCGGGCCUCCGAUCCCGGUGAAAGACGGCACGGAGAUCGUCGACUACCUGGAGGCCUUCUGCUCGUGGGCUGCAGCGAGGAAGCCGACGCCAGCGACAUCUGAACGAUGGCAGGAUGCCGUGGGCUGGGACCACGCGCUGCUCAUUUCUGGCUGGGAUCUCGCCAUCCAAGGGGACACAACAGUGAUGGGAUUGUCAUGGGUUGAUGGGAUCUGCAGCAAUGAUCAAUCCUGUUCUGUCAAUGAAGGCCGCAGCUUUGAGUCUGUGUUUGUCAUGGCCCAUGAGCUGGCCCACAACCUUGGCGUUGGCCAUGAUGGGGAUGUUGGUGCUGAAGACUGCCCUGAUGCAGGCCACAUCAUGUCUGAGUCUGUUGGGCCAGGGAAGACCACCUGGUCCACAUGUUCACAGACUGCACUUGCCUCUGGCCUCAGACAUGCAACUUGCCUGAGACAACAAAACAAUCCCACAAACCCAUCAAGUACACCAGGAAUAUUAUCUGGCAUGAAUGCAGAAGAAGAAGAAGAAGCCAAGUCAAAUACCAGGGUUUUCUCAGCUGAUGAACAGUGUGCUUUGCACUAUGGUAACCUGUUUUCUGCAGUGAAAAAUCAAGAGGACAUCUGCUAUGACUUGUACUGCACCAAUGGAGCCAAGAUUGUCAGGAGUCACCCAGCAGUAGAAUUCACAGUUUGUGGAGAAGGACAAAUCUGCAAACUUGGCAAAUGCAUCAGUGUUGAUGGAGACCAAAAGCAACCCCCUUUGGUCAGUCAGAGCCUGUGGGUGUCCAUUGCUGAUUUACUCUUGCACAAGGCAAGGACUGUUCCUGAACAACCCAAGAACAAAAAAGAGACAGCACAAGUUCUGAGGUCUACAGCAGAUGACCCAUCAGUGGACCACAAUUCUGUUCUUGAAAGAAUGCCUUUGGUGCAUCCAUAUGAAGGUGCCAUGUCAGAGGCAAUCCCAACCAGAGCAGUGGAAUGGAAGGUGACCUACUCUGAGUGCUCUGUGACAUGUGGUGGAGGCACCAGGACAGUCACCCUCCUUUGCAUGCUCACUACCACUGGACCUGACUCUAGUGCCAACAACUACCUCCAGGUGGACCCUCAGAUGUGUAUGGACUAUGGUGUGGCCGUGACUGGGAAUGGCAGAAUAGUGGAGUCCCCUGGGAACAACUUUGAGAGCUGCAAUACUCAGCCUUGUCCAUUUGGACACUGGGAGCUUAGGCCAUGGGGAAAAUGUAUUCCUCACCAUUACCAAGGUGCAACAAGGCAGAACAAUGAAACCCAAACCAGACUUUUCUUUGGCAAGCAAGAAGAAAGCAGCUUGAACUGUGUCCAGAAGCAAGGGAUCCAGUACAGAUCAGUGAUUUGCAAGGCCAGUCUCACUGACAAACUUUCCACAAUGUCACCUUUCAAAGUCAUCAAAUCCUUGUUUGAGCUCAAGAAAAGCCUGCUGACUUCCAAGCUGAGCUUUGUCCUCAAGGACUCUGAUUGUGCUGUUGUCAAGCCAGCUGAUAAACAGUUUUGCAUCCUGGGUUGUGAUGAUGAAUCCAAUAAUGUUGAUGGACAGAAA